AUGGCUAAGGUCCAUCAUAUGUACACUAAGCUGACCUUCGGUAUCAAGGCAUUGAGCAUCACCAAUGGGCCUGAUAAUGAUCUCUUGUUGAGCGACACCACAGAGGAGUUGGUUGACAUCACUGUGUUCGUCUCGGACAAACGGAUCGCGAUAGAAGAGAAAGGCAAACACGCUAAGAUGUUGUUCAACUUCAGAUUGGGGGCGAUCAAAGUCUUCUUCCGCCCUCGGCUAUGGCGAGCUCUG